AUGGCAGCGGGAGUCGCAGCUUGGUUACCCUUCGCCCGCGCUGCGGCGAUAGGAUGGAUGCCUGUGGCGAGCGCCCCUAUGCCAGCACCGCCACGGGACAAGAGGAGAACCCAGGAUGGGCUAAUAGUUCUAAAUAUCAGCGGCACCAAGUUUCAGACUUGGCGGAAUACUUUGGAGAGAUACCCGGACACACUACUGGGCAGCACAGAGCGUGAUUUCUUUUACCAGGAGGAUACCAACGAGUACUUUUUCGACCGCGACCCUGACAUCUUCAGACACAUCCUCAAUUUUUACCGUACCGGCAAAUUACACUACCCUCGCCAUGAGUGCAUUUCAGCAUAUGACGAGGAACUUGCUUUUUUCGGCAUAAUUCCGGAAAUUAUCGGAGAUUGCUGUUACGAGGAGUAUAAAGAUCGCCGGAGAGAAAACGCAGAACGAAUUCAAGACGAUGAAGACAACGAAAAUAACAAUGAUUUGGUGCUGCCAGAUAUGACGUUCCGUGAAUCCAUGUGGCGCGCGUUUGAGAACCCUCACACUAGUACCAUGGCACUAGUUUUCUAUUAUGUCACAGGGUUCUUCAUCGCGGUGUCAGUUAUGGCCAAUGUUGUGGAGACUGUUCCAUGCGGCACAAUGCCAAACAACCGGGCCAAAGAGGUGUCCUGCGGGGAACGAUAUGCCCUAGCUUUCUUCUGCCUUGACACGGCCUGUGUCAUGAUCUUCACGGUAGAGUACCUGCUCCGUCUGAUGGCUGCACCCAGCAGGUACAAGUUUGUGAAGAGUGUGAUGAGUAUCAUUGACGUGGUCGCCAUCAUGCCCUACUAUAUCGGCCUGGUCAUGACAGAUAACGAGGAUGUGAGCGGUGCUUUCGUUACCCUGAGAGUCUUCCGAGUCUUUCGGAUUUUCAAAUUCUCCCGUCACUCAGCUGGCCUACGAAUCCUGGGCUACACGUUGAAGAGCUGCGCCUCAGAGCUGGGAUUCUUGCUCUUCUCUCUCACCAUGGCCAUCAUCAUCUUUGCCACCGUCAUGUUCUAUGCUGAGAAGGGGUCCUCUGGCAGCAAGUUCACCAGCAUCCCUGCUGCUUUCUGGUACACCAUCGUCACCAUGACAACACUGGGGUAUGGAGACAUGGUUCCUAAGACCAUUGUGGGGAAGAUAUUUGGGUCUAUCUGCUCUCUGAGUGGAGUUUUAGUGAUUGCUCUGCCCGUCCCUGUCAUCGUGUCCAACUUCAGUCGCAUUUAUCACCAGAGCCAACGCGCUGAGAAACGCCGCGCCCAAAAGAAAACCAGGCUUGCUAGAAUUCGUGCAGCGAAGAGCGGUGGUGCUAAUGCUUAUUUGCAGUACAAACGCAAUGGGCUCCUGACCGACUCUGAGGAGGAGGCAUCGAAGGAAGCAGGACAAGCCCUGGUGUGUAAGUCCAACCCCACCUUUGAGACCCAGCAUCAUCACCUACUACACUGCCUGGAGAAAACUACGAACCAUGAGUUUGUGGAUGAGCAGACCUAUGAGUCUAGCUGUAUGGAGGUUUCUAUGGUGAAGCCAUCAGCCUCUCGCUCCUCCUCUCUUUCCUCCUCUCCUCACGGCCUGUCCUCCUGCUGCUCCCGUCGACACAAGAGGAAGAGCUUCAACGUGCCCAACUCCACCAUGGCCGCCGGUUGCCGCGACAGCAUGCAGGAACUCAGCACCAUUCAGAUCCGCGAGAGACCGCUCUCCAACAGCCGCUCCAACCUGAAUGCUAAAUUUGAGGAGACGGUGCCACUGAACUCAGAGCAGCAGCCCUACAUCACGGCAGCAGUUAUCAGCAUGCCAACACCUCCCGUCACCACACCUGAGGGUGAAGACUCAGCCAGUUCACCAGACUACUCCCAGAGCAACAUUGUCAGAGUAUCAGCCCUAUAG